CGCCAAUCCGGUGAUCUGGCUCCGCCCGACGCCACCUUUUUCUGACGUCUCCCUUAUUUCACCUUCUCCAUCUACCAUCCUUCACAUUCAGAGACGUGAAACUCGCCGCAAUGUCACAGGCUGAGGUGACCCGCGCCGAGUCUAUCGAAGAGCAGGAGCGCGCCCGGGCCGAUGGCGAUAAGAAGCCCAAGUCCCGGAGACCAGCCAAUACUGCGUUCCGUCAACAGCGACUGAAAGCCUGGCAACCGAUCCUGACCCCAAAGAGUGUCCUACCGUUAUUCUUCAUCGUCGGCGUCCUCUUUGCACCCAUCGGCGGUGUCCUCCUUUGGGCGAGUUCCCAAGUUCAAGAGAUCGUGAUCGAUUACACCAACUGUCCCACCGAGGCGCCCACCGGCUCAUUCGGAGAUUUGUCGAAAUACGUGUCCACAACAUGGAAAGCGAAGUCGGGUACGCCGCCUUCCUGGCAAAAGACAUGGAACUCUACUGGCCAGAACUGGAUCUGCACUCUCCAGUUUAACAUCCCAGAGUCGAUGGGACCCCCGGUCUUCAUGUACUACCGUUUGACCAACUUUUACCAAAAUCAUCGCCGAUAUGUCCAGUCGCUUGAUCUCGAACAGUUGAAGGGCACGCCGGUCAGCAACUCAACAAUCGCGGGUAGCGUGUGUUCUCCUCUCGCGACCGGCGACUCUGGCAAGGCAUACUAUCCGUGUGGCCUGAUCGCAAACUCCAUGUUCAAUGACACCAUCGGUCAGCCGGUUCUCACGGGAGACAGCUCCGAACCAUACAACAUGACAAACAAGGGGAUCGCCUGGCAAAGUGACAAAGAGCUGAUCAAGAAGACACAGUACCAGCCCGGACAAGUCGUUCCUCCGCCCAACUGGGUCGAUUACAACUACACCGAGAGUAUUCCUGAUCUCCAUGAGAACGAGGAGUUCAUGGUCUGGAUGAGAACAGCUGGGUUGCCGUCUUUCAGCAAGCUUUCCCGCAGGAAUGACACUCACGCGAUGAAGCCUGGUCCCUAUGAGUUGAGCAUCAACUACAGGUUUAACGUGACCGAGUACGACGGAACGAAGUCUAUCCUCCUCUCUACCAGGACGGCUCUUGGUGGCAAGAAUCCUUUCAUGGGAAUCGCUUACGUCGUCGUCGGAGGAGUGUGUGUUCUCUUGGGCGCUUUGUUCACAAUUGCCCAUUUGAUUCGACCCAGAAAACUGGGUGACCACACCUAUUUGACUUGGGAUUCGACUAACCAUCCCAGUACCGCGACGGCAACGGGAAGGGAUGAUCGCAUGCGCCCCGGUGCGUAA